CGACAGGCAAGCGACUUCUGGCCCGCCGGCUCCUCCUCUUCCAAGCUGUCAAGUACAGCAACCUUCACGUAGCUGUCCAUGUAGUAACUGUAUCAGAUUGUAAAAGUGUUACGAAGAGCAAAAACAAAGUGGUUGGCUCAUUUAUUACCCCGUUCUGCCGAUAGGUUAGUGGUUGGAAAUGUAUUGGGCUGCAUGGUUGCAACUGGCCAAGUUAUCUUUCAAAUUGGAAGUGGUUUGACAGCUCGCUGCCUAUGCCUUGCCCACGAAGGCGCCCCAACAACGGAACAUGUCGCGACGGAGUAUGAGGCUGGUUUUAGGGGGAUACUACAACCAAUCCUCCGAGGAUGACGAAUCCUCCUCAGUUUCCUACAGGGAGAGCCCUGUGAGGGUCUUUACCAAGAGGAAGAGAGGGGGUCAUAAAGUGGCCUCCACUCGUACCUCCAGCCGGGCCAACAGCGUGGCUAGCACCACUAGCACGAUGGAGCCACUCAGUAAUGCUGAGGACAACAUUGGGGUCUCAAGUUUGGUUCAGAGGAGGAAGACCUUCCAAGAGCCUCCCAGUGUGGCUCCAGCACCAGCCCCCAGCCUGAAUCUGGCUCCUAGCCCCAGGGGCUUUCCCUCCUGCCAGACCAGCCUUAACCAGGCCCAGAGCCAGAGCAGCACCAUGGACAGCUCUGGUUACUCCUCUUCAGAGGCAAGACGUUUCAAAGGAUACUCUGGAUACACCUCUUUGUACGGACAAAGGGCUAGCGCCAGCCAGAGCUCUGGCGCCAGCAGGAAAAGCGCCAGCUGGACCCCUCCGUUUGUCCCUGCCGGUGUGGGGAAGGCCAUUCUAACUGCCUUCCUCCUCCUCUUGACUUUUGGCUGCUGGCACCUUGCCCCCUUAGUAUGGUCCACCCCAACUCCGACUAUGACCCUGAACCGACCAGUCAUCACCCCGACUCCACCCCCUGUCUUCAGUCUGCCUCCCAAGGCUAUGGAUGAAGCGUCGGUAUUCAAUUCUGCUUUGGAAGCCAAGAUGAACACCAUCCUGACAGAAAUAGAAACACUUAAGAAGAAAGACCACCAGCAGAAAUUUGUUACCGAGAUGGUAGAGAGACUACAGACAGACUUGACAGACGUGAGGACAGACAUGAGGAAUGUGAGAGUGGACAGUGUGGAUCCUUUGGAUUGGGAACGUCGUUUGAGCCAGCAGACAGCCGGCUUCUCCAGUCAGGUAGACGACCUCAAGGAGCAACACACACACGUCAGGGGGAGAGUCGCUGCCCUGGAGGACCAGACUGCCACGCUGCAGCAACAGGUCUACUCUGUCCAGAACCAGCCUCCCCCAGAGCCCAGCCCCACCAAAGCCAACGCACACCUGACCACCGAGCUCAAAGAGGCCAUGGCCAAAUGGCUGCAUGAGAAUGUGCCCCAGAAUGAGCCACGGAUAGUGAAAGAGAUUGUGAAGGACUGCAGUCCUCCAUUGGCCGACAGGAUGCCGGACUUUGCCUUAGAGUCCCAAGGUGCCAGCAUUGUGAGCACUCGGUGUUCCGAGACGUACCGCACCCGCUCGGCAUGUGUGACCUUCCUGGGCAUACCUCUGUGGUACUCCUCUGAGAGCCCCCGCACAGUUAUCCAGGGCCAGCCUGCGCAGGCUGGGAAGUGUUGGGCGUUCCACGGUGCGCAGGGCACCUUAGUCAUCGCCCUGUCUCAUCCCGCGCGCAUCACCCACGUCACCCUGGAACACCUGCCUGUAUCCACCGCCCCCACCGGACGCAUCGACAGCGCCCCCAAGGCCUUCUCUGUCUAUGGUAUGUCCACCGAGACAGAAGACGGCACCUGCCUGGGAACCUUCACUUAUGACCAGCAUGGAGAGCCAAUCCAAACCUUCCAACUGCCCAACCCUACCACUCAGAACCCUACCACAGCCAUCCAUCGCUAUGUGGAGCUGCGCAUUCUGAGUAACUGGGGUCACCUAAAGUACACGUGCGUGUACCGCUUCCGUGUUCACGGACACAUGGCCCCAUCCUCCACAUGAGAAGGGCUCACCGUCCACCAUCGACCCCAUCCGCAGACCUCAGAGUGGCUACGCUUUCAUGUUCCGUCAACAUCAUGACAGAACAGUCUAAAUAAAUCCCUCUAUUUUGCAGAAUCAGGGUGGUUUCAUAUACUGGCUUCUGUCUAGUGCGAGGUUAGAGGUCGUGAGGUUAAAGAUCUAUAGUGAUUUUUUUUUUUUUGUGCUGACCUGGUGGGAGUAAGGGGAUGGGUUUUUCUGAGAUUGAAGUUUGUGUGCGUGUGCUUUUGAGCAUAGAUUGUUUGUUUGUUUGCAUUUUGUCUGGCCACAGCAGGCAGACAUUUCAGAUUGUACCUUGAAGGUGUGUGUAUAACAGUCCUGCCUGUGUUACUGGACUCUUACUCAGUUAUUUUGUUUGCUUUUAUUUGUAUCUUAUACAACAGUUGAAUUAUGUUGAGAAAGAACGUUGUUGUGGAUGUAUAUUUUGCAAGUAUCAAGAUGUAUUGUUAAUAUAUUUUAUUGCGAUUAGGAUGUAAUGUGGUUGCAAAUGAUUAUUUUCUGUUGCUCUGAAUGACUAUAAAAGUUUUUGAAGUACCUUGCCAAUAGGCAUCCUAUUGAAGGAUGUAUGAUAUGAUUUGAGAUGCUUGAUAUACAGGCGUUUCCGUUUCCUUACACAAUAAUACCGAAUAGAAAGAAAUAGGCAGGCACACUCCAUGAGUAUUGUCUUUACUCAAAAACGCAUCUUAGUUUUACAUGGCUUGUCACAUUUAUUUAUUUAAAGUUACUCUUUUAACAUUUAGCCUUCCUUUUUUUUAAACAAUUCAAAUAAUUUUGAUAGUAGUGAAAGCACAUCCAGGCAACUUCCCAGAUGCAAGGUACAAAUCAUAGAAAAUAAAUACAUAUUUAUUUUGUCUUGAAUAACUCUUUCCUCUCAAAAGCAAUGAGGCCAUUUCAGUGUCAGUGAGUCCAAAUGUCAGGGUUUCUACUUCCAAACGGUACAAAAGUAACCUACUCAUUGCUAUUGUAUGAUGUAAAUCAUCAGAAUGUUUUUAGGAGUCAUAUAUGUAACUUUUUUUUGUACAUUUACAGUAUUAUUGAUUUAAACAUUUUGCAGUAGUGGUACAGACUAACAAAAGACUGAUUGUAAGAAAAUACUAAUAUGAGAAAAUAAUCAUAAAGUGCUAUUGAGAGCAAAUCAUGAGGUAUUUGUUCUGAUCUGAAGUUACAACAACAAUUCCGGGUCAAUUUCUGUUUACUUAUUUUCUGUUGAAUUGGACAAAGAAUGCUUCUGUUAGGAAUGCAAUUUAAAUUCCUGAAAUGACUGGCAAUAUAUAAAUAAUGAAUGUGUAUGACA